AGUGACAAAGGCCCAGACUAAUUACAUUUUUACAUAUAAAAGGCUGCCUCUAUCCACUCCUACCCAGCCCCUGUUUCCUCCUAAACACUGGGCUCCACAUUCACAGGGCUCCAAGGACAAUUCAACCAUCUCCUCAGGGUAUCACUGGAUUAAGGAGUUAUUGCUGUCUUGUUAUUGUGAGAUCUAAUCGCGUGGACACAGGAUUGUGCCAAUUAAUAUUUAACGUGAGGCCAACACACUGUUGCACAACAGCCUUUGGGAUAAAUAGUGGAUGGCGGUGAGGCUGGCAAAGCCUUCCUCGGAUGCUAGCUGAGACGUGUCCCUCCGACGUGCCCGGGUGUGGCAUCACAACCAUCUGCAUCUCAGCCGACUGACUCUCAGGUGGGCAGUGGGAGACCUCUGGCAUCGUGGAGUCACCAUCAGGCAUCGUUUUUCUUCGACCCCAGUUCCCACACGGUUUCUUUCCAUCUGAAGAGGACGGGGUCCAAGCAGGAUGCAGUACCCCCUCUGCUUCCAGCCGACAUCCGUUGGGCUGUGGGCCAUUCUCUGCCUUGUUUUCGGGGCCACUGUCGUCUCCUGUAGCUACCCCUGUCACGACAUCGGCCCAUCCAGUAUCAAUUUCCUGUUCAAGCUGUACCACCGGCUGGCUUCCAAAUCCCCAAACUGCAACAUCCUUUACUCACCAGUGAGCAUCUCAUCUGCCUUGGCGACCCUCUUGCAAGGGGCCCAAUCCAACACCCAGACUCAGAUCUUGGAGGGUCUGCAAUUUGAUCUCACGGAGAUAUCAGAGGACGAGAUCCUCAGGGGCUACCAGUGCACACAAAUCAACCUCAAUUUGCCGAGUGGGUUACCGAACACGAAGAUGGGGAGUGCUCUGUUCGUCGACCCUGGUGCAUUGCCAUCACCAGAUUUCAUAGAUGAGACUGCUGAUGUAUUUGGAUCCGAGAUCAUUUAUGCAGACUUCCUGGACCCUGAGGAGGCAAAGCAUCAAAUAGACGAAUUCAUCAAGGAGCAGACACUUGACAGGAUUAAGGAUGCGAUCCCCAGGCUGGAGAAUUUUACCUGGCCAGUUCUCGUGAGCACCCCAUUCAUCGAAGGACCUCGGUUUGGUCAUCUGUCUCAGAGGGAAGAAGAGUUGGUGUCAAAUCCCCAUUUGAGAGCAAGCAUUGUCCAGGACGUGGUUCACAGUCGACCUGACUACCUUCUCGCUUCUCAUCAGAGAAGGAUCACAGUGAGACAUGAGAAUAGUAUUCUCAGCUCCUCCCACUCCCAAAGGGUCAUCAUCGACUCCAAGUUGAGCCCUGUGAGAGACCCUGUGGCAUCCCAUCUCCUGAGAAAGAAGGUGUCUGUAGCCCGGGACUCCCACCAUGGAGCAAGAUCGAUGGUGGUGCCUGGGGGCAGGGAGAGGGCAGGGCUGGACAGGACCACGGAACCAAAGGUGAAUGCCAGGGUUCAUUUUAAAAUUUGCCCAGGACCUGAUGUCCUAGGGGAUGGCCAAAGGAUCACGACACCUCAACCAUAUCUCUUGGUCAACCAGGACCCCGGGCCCAGAUGAUUCUGACAUCCUCUAAACUGGAAAUGUCACCACCCCUCACAAACCCCACCGAGCCAGGUUUCGGCCUGGUCUUUCCUGUAUGGGUGAGAAUUUUAACUAGUUAAUGUCUCUGACAUCAUGAGGGGUCUGAUCUUAUAACCCACUCAUGGCCCUCUCCCAUCUCUUCGAGACAGGUGCUGUAUCUUUUGGACAGGUCCUAUCUCCCAAUCUCAACCUGCCUGAAUUCAUUGUCUGGGCCCCAUAUGUGGCCAUGUUGCCAUGGCUGCCAUCCUCCAAAGGGCAGUUCCCCCACCCUGACGUUUCUUUAUCUCCUUGUCUGUCUCCCAUUCAGGCUGAACUUCCCAGAGUCACACACACAUGUUGUGGCAUGGGGAUGGAAGGUGACCAUGGGGGUGACGUGGGUGCUUC